UGAUUUAGUGGGUCAGGACUUCCAGUUUGAAGCCACUGUGUUGGUGACACUGGGAGUCCAGGCUCGAGCUUGCAAUAAACUCCUCAUGUAUUUACAUCAGAAGAGUUUCCUGGUGGAAUUCUUGGUAUUUUGUGACUUGGGCACAUUUGGGGGCUCAUCCAGGAUCUCCAAUUAACCCAGGAUGCUCUCUCUGGAGGAGUCCAGCCGGCAAUAAGUGCACAUCCACUGGAGCCAAUAUUGGUUACCAAAGAGGAGGAGAAUUCUGAGGAUCUGGCUCCAAGAACACCCUGCUGGAUUGCUUUCUCACUAAAUUUUAAAUUGGCUCUUUCCCUGAGCAGGAAGAGGAAUACAGAGUCAAAUUCUCCAACGGGAAAGAAGGGACUAACUGACACAGCCCGUAUUGGACCUUGACCAGAGUUCUACCAGAGAGAAUGACUGCCCGCCUCCUUGAAAAGGAAGAGGCAUGCCCCUGGGAUUUCCUGGGUUUCCUUUCUAGGAUGCGGAGGCCAGCUCACUGGUAGUGGAACAGAAAGAAGGCGAAUGGAUAAAAUCCUGUCUAAAUGGUCGGGAUGUGCCCUUGACCCAAAAGCCCUCAGUGACAAGUUCUUUGAGACCAUCGGAAAAAAUUGGAUUCCUGACCCCACCAUGACAUGGCUGCUGCACUUGUAUCCUAAAAAUUCUUGCCUUUACUGGGCCCCUAAAAUACAAUAUGCUGACGUUGAAAUGUCAAUUCGGGAGGGGAACACAACCCUACUGUCAGGAUGUUGUCCAUUGCACAGAGAGAUCAUGAAUCUAACAUUUGACAGGGAAGAACCCAAUUGGAUGCGAGGUGGAAUUUGGUCUGAUUGGUUUCCUCUCUCACAUUUUGUAAAUUAUCUUGUACACCUAAUGUGCCAUUAUCCCACUAUACCGGUGCUUCCAAAAAUGCAGGAACCCGAUCUAUAUAAUUCAAACAGGUAUCGAGAAAUAUGGGCUCGCCAAAAUGACCCAUACAGGUUAUAUAAGAUUAUAACUUUCCCAAAAUCAUUAGAGGCCUAUUCUCUGAAUUCAAAAAUUAAAAGCCUCUACAGCAAACUUCUGAGAGACUUAAGGCCCAUCCAUUUGGAACUGAUUCAAUCCUGGGAUUGUUGUUCUGCUGAUAAAUAUGUCCCUUUGACCUCUCCUAGGACUCUCCAGGAGGUAGCAGUUCGACAAUUAUUCGUUAAUGCGAGACAAAAAGCUGAGAUUGAACUCGAGGCCCAACAGAAUUGAGAUUGGCACCACAAACAUGGAACCAAACCACAGAGACCCAGAAGAUCUUCCCCUGCCUUAGGUUCCAUGAAGCCCCCAAACAGCAGGAAGUAGUUUUAUGAGGACAUCACCACAAGGUCCCCAAGAUUGGGUCCCAAGGUCCAUGAGAAGGGGGAAAUGUGGGACCCUAAAAAUCGGGCCCAAAUCCCAAGACCCUCUACUCAGCCUAAUUAACUCUUAUUUUGAGCUGAAAAGCCAUCCGGUAUCAGGGCCAAACUUCAAAUUAACUUAGUCAGUAAAAAUUUGCUCGGUUUGCUUAAUUUACUUACUUGUGAUAAGAACAGAGUCAGGAGGAUGGGAGGAAGGCCAUUCCAACCUCAAGGAGAAAGAACAGGAAGUUCUACAUAGAUAAGAAGAGUACACUGCAUCCUUGAGCAUACUAACCCCUUUUUGAACUGACCCUCUCCCCAAGCUAAAGUAAACUUUCCGCUUUUGCAAGAGCCCCAGCAACAUCCAAUAGAUUUAGAAAAUUAGAAAAGAAGCCAAUAGAAUAGAGAGAACUUCAAGCCACCCAAACCCUAUAAAAAUAGCCUGAUUUAGUGGGUCAAGACUUCCAGUUUGAAGCCGCUGUGUCGGUGACACUGGGAGUCCAGGCUCGAGCUUGCAAUAAACUCCUCAUGUAUUUACAUCAGAA